AUGAACUUCAACGGCGCAACGGUGUCUUGUGCGGGAGCCAUUAUCACCAAGUAUACCGUGCUCACAGCUGCGCACUGCACAUUUCUGGAAGGCGAAUCAGUGAAAAAGAUUGUUGCAUAUUAUGGGAGCACUAUUAAAUACGGCGGAACGGGUGUAGUUGUCAGAAGGCUGCUGAGGCACCCUGAAUUCAACAGGACCAACUACCACAACGACGUCUGCCUCCUAAUGCUCAGGGAUCCUAUCGAGUACAGCGAUGUGGCCCGCCCAAUUUGCGUCUCGCUGUCCCCCGUGGACAUCCAUCAGAAGAAUGUUCGUGUUUCGGGCUGGGGAAAAAUGAAACCCGGGGGCGACUUUUCCACCAAUCUUUACUACACAAGUCUCACUGUCAUGCCGUCCAACAUAUGCAUGACGAAGUUCGGAGACUACCAGUUCGACAAGGAACUCAUGUUCUGCGCCUAUGGAGGACACACAGACGCGUGCGAGGGAGACUCUGGAGCGCCGGUGGUGUCCUUAGCCGAGGACGGCCGUUUCCUUAUCGUGGGCCUAGUUUCGUACGGCAUCGAGUGUGCCAUCAACGGUCGGCCGGCUGUCUACGCCAGGAUCAGUGCUUUCGUGCCGUGGAUCCUCGAGAACAUUGGCAAAAUUUCAGAAUACACGCCAUUGGGGUCGCUUGGUUGAAUCGACUCUCGUCGUCCACACCAUAUACCUUUGACAACCAAAAACCCGAGCG